GACGACCCAGCCUGGCAUCACUCCUUCACCACCACCAACCAUCAUGAAGUGUGCUGUGCUCGUACUCCUGGCUAUGGCCGCCCUGGUCGCCGCUCGCCCCGGCAAUGUCCUCGACCUGGACCUGGACGACCUCCACCACGACCAGAGCAUCGAUGACGACACCACCAUCACCGGCACCUACAGGUGGACUUCUCCUGAAGGAGAGGAAUUCUUCGUGAGCUACAUCGCUGACGACAAAGGCUACCGCGUGGUAGAGUCCAACGCCGUCCCCGUCACCGCUGACGGCGUGGCAGCCAACGGUGCCCAGGGAUCCCUCAGCUCUGAGGAAUUUGAUGAUUAAAUGAUAAACAAGACAACACAAAUGGCUGUGUUGGAGCAGCUCACUUCUGAAAGUUGAGGAGCUGCUUCGAUGCACUGACGUCAACACCUGAGGGUGGUGGAGGGUGGCGGGCGAGGCUUCCUGAGGAACCCUCACUACCUCCCUCCCACCCAUGACCUCUAUCAAGGCCUUGACGAGUUCCUCGACAUCACGAAUUACUCGUCUCUUGUUCGUCUUUCAACAAAUCUUCUCUCUGCAAACUCUCUAUAAAAAUAUAUUUAUUUAUUUUCCACUUAUCUUGAAUAAAUUUUGACAAAUUA